AUGGCCGAGCAGGGUAUCGACGCGGCUGCUUGGGCCGGGCCGGGCGUGGACUGCUGCGACCGCGGCGGAGGCGCCGAAGCUCGGCUGGCGGCUGCGUGGCAAGUAGGCGUCGGCCCAGACGGACGCGUCCCUCCUAUAGGCGACGCUGCAGCCCCAGCGGACGCGGCUCCGCCGCCACUUGCGGCGCCAGAGGACGGUCCCCCCGUCCUCUGGGUGGCGUCGUCGCUCAAGGGGGGCUCGGCCGAGUUCGGACGGCAAAUCGAACCGACGGACGCCGCCAUUAGGAAGGGCAAGUACGGUUUCGACAGGGGCUCGUUUGGAGAGCGGUUCCCGAUAGAGUACGUGGCGGGCGAGACGGUGGAGUACUGGCGCAAUGAUAAGAUGGCGGCCGCUGGCGGCCUCGAGGACCUGCGGACGUGCUGGAUCGAUGCGGACGAGAGGGGGGCCAGGUUCAAAGAGCGGCGCAAGGUCGUUCAGGAGAGCACGCAGGAAGUGUUCACCGACUCGCGAGUGCAGACGCUAAUCUAUGUCUUGUACUUCGUGGGUACCUGCGACCACUUGAACAUGGGUGCUAUGGCGUCGCUGGAGGUUGUCGCGAGGUGCCUUCUCCAGCACGCGGAAGCAUACGCGCGCGGCGCAGAGCAGGCCAAUUGGGAGGCGGCGAAGCACCUCGCCACGACCUCGAAACAGCUCGACCCGGUGCCAGGCGCCCUCCAGAGCUGUGCGCUGGCCCUGGGGCUGGCGGCGCUGCCUGACUUGCGGCGCGCGGGGCUCACCUCGGGCCGACGUCGCCGCUGGCUCCGCGACGGCGAUGCAGCCUGCGAGAGCAUGAAUUAUUCGCAGAACGGCGACCGUCGUGCUGGCCAGGCGCCACAGGGCAGCGUCGGUCAGCCCGAGAUGGCCGCCGUCCGGGCGGACGUGCAGCAGCGCGUUUUCUCGGCGUCCCGCCGCUGGAUCGACUUUGACUGCGCCGUCGCUGAGCAGGGGGCCCUCGCCGACCGAACAGAAGCGCAGGCGGGCCACGCGCCGCUCGGCAUUGCAGGGGCGGCGCGCGAGUUCGUUUUCCUCCAUGCGCUGUCGGGCGAGGGGCUCGAUCGCGUCGAGGCGGCGGCGCCGCUGGAGGAGGGGCCGCCCGAGAUAUGCGCGCCGCUCGAGGACGAGCAGGCGUCGCCGAUGAGCUCGAAGCCCCCAUCGCGGGCGUCUCCUGGCCGCCGUCGCGCGGGCGGCCGGCCAGUCGCGUCUCGACCGGCAGCCGUCGCUGUCGCGGGGCCCGCGGCCGAGCGACAGGGGGCCGCCCUGCGGCCGGGCGGCCCCGACCGCGGGCCGGGCCACUUCAUGCGCGCGGACAACGCUGGCGCCCCUGGCCCGUCGACGUCGGGCGCGCGCCGGCCCUCGCCGCGGCCCGGGGUCGACCUCCACCGAGAGGGCGGCCGCGCCUUGGGUGGCCACGCCGACGGGCGGGGGCUCGUCGCACCGCCGACGGGCAGGAGGUUCGCGGCCGUGAGGAGGGGUCUCCGACGUCUCUUGAGGCAGCGCAGGGUCACGGGGUGGCAGUUCGAGAUGGCGCUGGGCCACGCGGCACGCAUGGCCCUUGCUCGGUGGGAAGCGCCGUCCAUCCUCCGCGCCGUCUGCGCCUUCGCACGCGCCUUCGAGAGCGCUGGGUUCUCGCUGGACUGCGAGGCGGGCCGCGCGGUGCGAGGCAACAAGUCCCACAUGGCCGGGGCCGCGGCCGCGGGUGCAGGGUCCCUGCUGGGCAACUUCGCAGGGGAGAAGGCCCAGGGCGGCGACAUGGGCCUUGACGAGUACACGGCGGCCGGCCCAUCUUCGCGCAGUGGAGGCACCUCGAGGACGAGGAGCGGUCCUUGCGAUCCUGCAGGGCGUCGCGAGGCGCGGCCAGGUUCCCAGGUUUCUGGGAGUUCCUGGGCGGCGGCGGCGAGGGCGCGAGGGUCGAGGGCGCGGCGUUCUUGUCCUGAGCGCCGCGGCGGCCUGCGGGCAGAGCCGAGUGUCGGCUCCUUCUCCUCCUCGCCCUUCUCUUCCCCUCCUCCUCUGUUUUCUUUGUCUAUCUUGGAGAUUCCCGAUAUCCUGUCUUAG